AUGGCUCGCGUUACUCUACUACGCAAUGGCCCCCAAGGUUGUUUCAGGCAAAGCAGCGGAGAAGGCCUCGAAGGCCAAGUAUCGAAGGUUGGCAAGAAGAAGAAGCACAGGAAGAAGGAGAGCUACGCCAUCCACAUCUACAAGGUGUUGCGUCAGGUUCAUCCCUACACCGUUGUCACCUCCAAGGCCAUGUCUAUCAUGAACUCGUUCGUCAAUGACAUCUUUGAACGUAUUGCCUCCGUGUCAAGCCGUUUUGCUCGCUACGACAAGCGCUCGACCAUCACGAGCAGACAGAUCCAAACUGUAGUUCGUCUUCUGUUGCCUGGUGAGUUGGCCAAGCGUGCAGUCUCCGAGGUUACCAAGGCGGUGAUUAAGUACAUUAGCACGAAAUAG